AUGUCUGUCGAUACAAAUUCUAAUAACCAAAUAAUUAAAAUUGAACCAAUUGAUUCUUCAUCAUUACAUGAUAAUAAGUUUGAAAACACAUCUUUAGUGGAAGGAGCGAGUAAUUCUAAUAAUAAUAAUCAAGAUACUUGUAUCCAAAGGUUUAUUAAAAGUGAAGAAUUUGAAAUACAAGAAAUUGAAGUCGAUGCUGAAGCUGAAAACCAUUUCAAAUGUGACACUUCCAACAAGACUUUUGAAUGUACCUAUUGUGAUAAAUCAUUUGACACAUCUAUCAAAUUAAAGCGGCAUCUUACAAUUCAUACACAAACACCUAGUCAUAUAUGUAAAAUAUGCAAUAAAGCAUCCACUACCGCUACCAGAUUAGCAAUGCAUAUGAUUACUCAUACAGGUGAACGUAAUUAUCAUUGCACUUUAUGUAAUAAAACUUACAAACAAUCGAGUCACUUAUCUCAGCACAUGCUCAUUCAUUCCGGACUACGGCCUUAUAAAUGCUCAGUAUGCGAUAAAACUUUUGUAUGCUCCGGUAGCUUAACAAAACACCUUCUUAUUCACACCGGUGAAAAGCCUUAUAAAUGUACAAUGUGUGAUAAAGCUUUCAACCAAUCUGGUGGUUUAAUUAAACACACAAUGACUCAUACAGGAGAGCAGCCUUACAAAUGCACUAUUUGCAAUAAAUCAUUCCUUGAUAUGAGUAACUUGAAAAAGCAUGGUUUUUCUCAUACUGGAGAACGGCCUUAUAAAUGUGAAAUAUGUGGUAAAGCAUUUUCUCAAUCGAGUAAUUUAGCUCAACACAAACAUACUCACACUCGGGGUCGUCCUCAUAAAUGUGAUAUGUGUGAUAAAGCUUUUGGUUCACCGACUUACUUGAUAAGGCACAGGAAAACACAUAACUCUAAUGUUGAAGGGGUUCUUGACAAUUCACACACAAACACCUAG